AUUUGGGCGGCGUUCACGAGAAAAACUUAUUCUUCCCUUUGCGCCGCGCUCCGUCUCUCAAAGUUUGUUUCGCAUCGCACCUUGGGCGUUUCGUUUCUAGACAUAAGCUUUCUCCGUCAGAGUAGAAAGGGUAAAGGAUGAAGCUUGAUGUGAAUGUGUUGAGAUAUCUAUCCAAAGAUGAUUUUCGAGUUCUCACUGCUGUGGAGAUGGGCAUGCGAAACCAUGAGAUUGUUCCUUCUGAGCUCGUAGAUCGCAUUGCUGGUCUAAAACAUGGAGGCACUUACAAGGUCCUGAAGAACUUGCUCAAGUAUAAGCUUUUGCAUCACGACAGAUCUAAAUAUGAUGGAUUCCGACUCACUUAUCUGGGUUACGACUUUCUUGCCAUUAAAACAUUGGUCAACCGUGGUGUCUUUACCGGUGUUGGUCGUCAGAUUGGGGUUGGCAAAGAGUCUGACAUAUUUGAGGUGGCUCAGGAAGACGGAACUAUUCUGGCAAUGAAGCUGCAUAGACUAGGGAGAACCUCCUUCAGAGCUGUCAAAUCUAAGCGUGACUACCUGAGGCAUCGCAGUAGUUUCAGCUGGUUGUAUCUCUCCCGUCUUGCUGCUCUCAAGGAGUUUGCUUUUAUGAAGGCUUUGCAAGAACAUGACUUUCCGGUUCCAAAAGCUAUUGACUGCAAUAGGCACUGCGUUAUCAUGUCUCUUGUCCAAGGCUACCCCAUGGUUCAGGUGAAGCAAUUACAGAACCCUGAGACAGUUUUCGAGAAGAUUAUAGGCAUUGUUGUUCGUUUGGCUGAGCAUGGUCUAAUUCAUUGUGACUUCAAUGAAUUCAACAUCAUGAUUGAUGAUGAUGAGAAGAUUACGAUGAUUGACUUCCCACAAAUGGUAUCUGUUUCACACCAAAAUGCACAGAUGUACUUUGACCGUGAUAUCGAAUGCAUAUUCAAGUUUUUCAGGAAAAGGUUUAAUAUGACUUUCCAAGAAGAUAGGGACGAGGCGGAUGAGACAGAGGUGGAAGUGGAUGAGAACAGCAGACCAUCUUUCUAUGAUAUAACUAAAGAUGCCAAUGCCUUGGAUAGAGAACUAGAAGCUAGUGGUUUCACUAAAAAGGAGCAGAAUGACCUCGAUAAAUUUAUCGAAGGUGAGAUGGAGAAGAGUGAAGAUUCUGACGAGGAUGAGGAGUCUGAUGAUGAAGAGGAAACUUGCGAGUCAAAUGAAGAAGAAAACCUAAAUGAAAUGAAAUCAUUAAAGUUGCAAGAGAAGGAGCAGAAAAGUUCAGGUGGAGUCGAGGAAGAAGCUGAGUUGGAUGAUAAUGAGAAAGGAGAAAGCAGUGGAGAUGAAGCUGGUAGAGAUGAGGAGCUGGACAAAAAACUGGGCAAACAAAGACGCAGAGCCAUGGCAGCGGCCAGGGGAGGCAGAAAGUCGCAGUCUUCAAGAAAUACGUACAAGGACAAAGGAGGCCGUUCCCAAAACUCCAAGAUCCACAACAACAUGAGCGGCGGCUGGUGAUAAAAACUUUUUGCAGCAAUUUUUGGGGGAUACAACAAAACUACACUAAACUUUUCUUAAUGGGCCUUUAAAUGUUGUGAACGGGCUUAUUCUCAAUCUUCGAAUAUCUAAAUUAUAUGGAUAUGUUUCAAACUUUCUAUAUAAAAAUAUCAAAUUGUCGAAGAUAAACAUCAAUUGAAAAUAAACAUCCAAUAAAAUAAUGAUUCUCUA